GAAGCAGGUGCAGCAUAACAACUGUGGAUUGCUCAGGAGCUGGUACAGCAGUAGCAGUGAGGGAACUUUCAGCCAGAACAAUGGGGUGUUUCUCGUUUAUCAAAGUGAUGAUGAUUAUAUUCAACGUUCUGAUAUUUCUUGGAGGUGGUACCCUCCUGGGAGUCGGAAUCUGGGUGUCUGUGGACAGCAACUCCUUUUUAAAAAUAUUUGGAACAGUGUCUGCAAGUGCUGCAGUUCAGUUUGUUAAUGUUGGGUAUUUCCUCAUUGCCAUUGGUGCUCUGUUGGUACUUCUCGGAUUCCUUGGAUGCUGUGGAGCACAAAAGGAGAGCAAGUGCCUCCUGCUCAUAUUCUUCACCAUCAUCCUGAUCAUAUUCAUCGCAGAGGUGGCUGGUGCUGUUGUAGCUUUGGUUUAUUCCAACUUGGCCGAGAGCAUAUUGGGACCCCUCCUAAAACCAGUUUUACAAAAUGAUUAUGGCUCCAACAGUAAACCAGAUGUGACAAAGAUUUGGAACGCUACCAUGGAAAAUCUUCAUUGCUGUGGUUUUGAUGGAUACUCCGACUUCAAUAAUUCCACCUACUACAGCAACUACCAUCAGUACCCGCCCUACUGCUGCAACUCAACUUCAAAUGCUGUCUGUACUCAAGUUAACGCAAUGAACUCUAAAAUUUCGGGCUGUUUCAGUCAGCUCCUCUACCUCAUUCGGCAGAAUGCUGCUAUAGUGGGGGGUGUGGCGGCUGGCAUCUGUGCACUGGAGCUUGCUGCAAUGGUGGUUUCGAUGUACCUCUACUGUCAUUUAGACAAAGAAAUCCACUAAGGAAGAGAAGACUGAAUACUUUGCACAGAAUUCAGUGUAUAUAUUUGUUUUUCCAGAGAUCUUCUGACCAGAAUCAGUAUGAACCUCAUGCAAUAGGAUUACAAACCGGCUCAGAUUUUUAUAUUUAGAAAUGCAUGCGUCACUGCAUUCCUUAUUUGAACCUUGUUAUAUAUGAAGCUUUUUUGCCACUUUUUUUUUUCUUCCCAUUUCCAUCAUUAGACAUUUUUGCAGUACAGAUUUUUAAAUUUUCCAGUUAAAAAUCUAAGCAUGUAGUGACUAUUGGUAACAGUCUGAGCCUUUUUGUAUGAUUGUGCAUUUUUGUCUGACUUGUGUAAAAGAUUGUGGUGCAAUACCAAAAAUGUCAUUUCACCCAUUUGACUGAGCUAAACAAGAGACCCAAGCAUUUCAGAAAGUCUAGAGCCUCAGCUGAAAAUCAGUAAUGACCUACAAACAUGAGCUGCUAUAAGUAUAUUUCACAGCAUCACCUUCUAGUGUAAGGCUGCGAGAGAAUGCAGAUAGUGGUAGUCGCAGCUUAGAUAUCCCAGAUGAAGAAAAACGUUUAAUAAUAUAUGAUGCAAUAAAUAAUUUGUACAUUAUCAAUGGCAUUUUUCAAGAAUGCUCCCUCUCUGUGGAAGAAGGCCCAUGUUAAUGCUUCCCCUGCCUGCCUCCACCAAACCCAGCCUUGUCGGUCCCCCUUGGACUGUUAAAAAAAAUUCAUAGGAAUUCUUAUGAAGCAGGUUUCUUUUUCUGUAGUAUUGUUAGGUCUGAAAUUCAGAUAUGUUUCAUCUGUUUUGUUUAUGUAUUGUGAAUGUUUUAUUAACAUAAUACAUUUUUUUUCAAAGGGAUUAGAAAUGAGAUAUUCAUCUUCAACAGCUCCCCAAAGUAUCACUUUGGCAGGGUCCAAUCUUUGUUGCUAAAUCAAUAGUACACUGUGGGUUAUGUACUGCAUAGCUGUUAGAUGCACUUGUCCUAAUCAGUGGCUUGCAGGAUUGCAAGAUCAGAGACCGAUGUGUAAUUUUUACCUUAAUGGAGACUAUUUAUUACUUUUUGUUGUUUGUUUGCUUUAGAAAAACCAUGAUGUCAUGUGUCGGAGUUUUUUUGUUUUAAAUUAAACGGCUACCUUAA